AUGGAUAUUUUUGAAGUAAUUGGUAUCUUAGAAGCGCUGAACGAGGAUAAAAGGAAGCACUGGGUUAACCCAUUAUACAAGAAAAGGUUGAGCAUUGGACAAUUUCACACUCUUUACCCAGAACUAAGGAAACAUCCAGAAAAAUUUUACGACUAUUUCAAUAUGACUUCUCAUACAUUUGAUGAAUUGUUGAAAUCUAUAACCCAGUACAUAGCUAAAAAUAAUAUCACAAGAGAUACAUUAUGUCCCGAAGAACGGCUUACUAUAACUUUGAGAUUCCUGUCAAGUGGACUAAGUUACAGAAAAAUUGCACAAGAGUUUCUUGUUGGAAAAUCAACGGUAUCGAAAAUAAUAAGUGAAACUGCAUGCAUUAUAUGGGAUAUUUUACAGCCACAGGAAAUGCCGGAACCUUCUGAAGAAUUGUGGCUAGAAAUAGCAAAACCAUAUUAUAAAAAAACCAACUAUCCUAACUGUAUAGGAUCUAUCGAUGGCAAGCAUAUCCGUAUUAGAAAACCACCAAAAAGUGGGUCUAACUAUUUUAAUUAUAAGAAGUUCUUCUCAAUUGUUCUGUUAGCCGUAGCAGAUGCAAACUGUUCUUUUAUAGCUAUUGAUGUAGGUGCUUGCGGACGAAAUGCUGACAGUAAUAUAUUUAAAGAAAGUGGUUCUGGCAAAAAAUUGGAGUGUGGGUCUCUGAAGAUUCCUAACUCAACUAAAUUGCCUAAUUCAAAUGGAUUGCCCCAACCUUUCGUGUUUCUUGGAGAUGAGGCAUUUGGAUUACAAAAGCAUAUCUUGAGGCCUUUUCCUAAAAAAAGUUUAAAUAAGGAAGAGCGAAUUUACAUAGAUCAUGCAUAG